UCCCCACAUAAUUUGUCCAGUGGGUACGAGCGUCCCGCCGCGGUCGGUGAAUCCCCAAAUUUCGACCCGCCCUCCCACGAGGCCCAGGUAUAUCAGCGAAACGCGGCUCAGCUCAGUCAGCUGCCUUGACGCGUCGCAACCCCCACGAAGCCCCAACUCUGUCUGGCCUUCUCUCGAUCGCGACUUCCAACGCGAACAGGACAACAGCCCGAUGGCCGGGCUCGACGAUGUGCCGGCGAGCGGGCCUCGGUCCGAGGGGAGCAACGCGCGCAGCGACCAGCCCGAGGAAGAGCGCAAACGACCGACCGAAACGGCGGAGAUGCGCGUGAAGCGCUGCCUCGAGAUGAUGCACCUGCCGUGGUGGUAUCGCGAAUUCUUCAAGCCCGACAUUAGGUUCCUGAAGAACCGGACGCCCUUCGAAUGCCGACCGUCCCGCUGGAAGACGAUGAAGGGUAAGGCUGCCACGGCCACCGCCGCCAACGCAGCCGCUGCCGCCGACGCAGCUACCGUCGCUGCCGUCGCUGCCGACGCGGCCACCGUCGCUGCCGAUGCGGCCACCGUCACUGCUGACGCGGCCGAUGGCGGGAAGUCACAGCAGCCGAACGGUGAAGCGGCCGAACCGGUAGAGUCGGCGCAGAUCCCGCGAAGUUCGCUCCACUCUGGUAGCCGCGUCGUCGGCCGGCGAGCCGACCGGAGGAGGACCGUGGCGGAGCGGGCGCCGGUCACGGUCACGCCGAGCUCGUCCGACAACGACAACGAGUGUCGGCGUCACCCGCGGAGGCGAGCCCCGCUCAGCGGCAGCCACACCUUCCCGCGGACGAAGCUGUCGCGCAAGGUGCACAACAUCAACAUCGUGCUGCCGCGCGCGGAUCACGCGACGACGAGAAACGCCGAGGUCGGACGGGCGGCGCGCGAGCAGAAGGCCGUCCACGCCCAGCCGGGCACCAGCUUCGCGGGCCCGCGGCUGGCCGAGGUGCAGCCGCUGGAGACGCUCGCCAGCCAGAACGCGCCGUCGCCGGACGCGCGCUCCCUCGACUCGGAGAGGAAGUCGACGGAGGAGCUGGAGCGCUCGGUGCAGAGCGCGAGCGCGCCCAGGCGCGGAAGCAGCUUCAUCCGCGAGAUCGCGGAGGUGCUGGACCGCAGCGUGACCGAGAGCCUGGCCAGCAGCCGGCCCGGCCGGCCAGACGCGGAGCUGAGCGAGCCCGGCCGGCGCUUCGUGCGCGACUUGGUGCGCGCGCUCGAGCGCAGCGAGCGCGAGCGCAGCGACGACGAGGACUCGGAGCUGGCGCGCUCCACCAGCAUCUCGCUCAAGAGCGACGACGAGGGCAGCGGCGAGCGCGGCGACAGCGGGGGCGGCGGCAGCGACGACGACCGGGCCAGCAGCACCGACGACCGCGAGCGCGAGGACGGCGACACGCCGCCGACCGCGGAGCCCCAGCCGGCCCAGAAGCCGCAGCCGGCCGAGGAGGAGGACGAGGUCUACUGGAUACCGGCGCGCGUGCACCUGAUGCGCACGAGCUCGCGGCUGUCCGAGGCCUCGCGCCAGCCGACGGACGCGGGCUUCCAGUGCGCCAGCGGCCGCUGCUCGCCGGGCCUCAGCCCCAUCAUGAUGGUGCAGGAGCGCGCGCGCGCCGAGGGCCCGGGCCCGCGGCGCCGCGGCGACAGCAAGCGCCGACUGUUCCGCAUCGACGAGACCGCGGUGGUCGACUCGGGCUGCUACUCCGACCGCUCGAACACCACCAGGACACCGGUUUCCUGCGAGCCCUCGCCCGUGCCCUCGCCCGGCCUCUUGUUGUUCGAGGGCCUGCUCAAGCCCCUGCGACCUCGCAUGCCCACCGGCUUCGUCAGAGUCUAGAGUUGCUCCCGCGACUGCGGCGGCACACUCGACCUGGUGUCUCAUUGUUGUUCUGUCUUUUACCAGCGGCGCCUUUACCUCUGAUCGCGACACAGCGCCGCUCGAGAAUUGUUCUUUCAAAGUACCUUUUAGCAACCGCUAAUCGGCUUUUAACGUUUUUACCACACCAAAGACCGAACCCGUGCCCGAGUGAAUUUUAUCGCGAACGUCGCGCUUCAAGCCUGAAAAUAGGCGACGACGCGCCAUUGGCCUGCACGUUCGCGCAAGGCGGCCAGUCUUUGCGCGAAUCGAUGCGGCGACGACGACGACGGCGCCGUGCACCGCGCAGUGACGUCGUCCGAGAGCGCCCGAGCCUCUCUCACCUAAUAAAGCGAUGCUCCCCCGCGUGUCUAUGUCUGCGGGCGCGUGCGUAAGGAGCGCGACGUGCAACUCAUGCCAAACGGCCGUGUAGUCCCACUUAUUGUCAUGCCGGGGACGUCCGUGCACGGGAAUAUAGAAAUGUAAUUUUAUAUGGAUUUGAUUUGAUGUGUUACAUAGCUCAGUGAUAUGUAGUUUAUAUAUAUGUGUAUAUGCGUGUGUAUAUGACAUGUAUUGUAUAGGUGUGGGUACGCGUGUAUACACUUGUACGAAAAUAAAAGUACGUUUCAA